UCUUCUAUGGCGAAGGUCUAUACGUAUAUGCACAUAUGUAUGCGUGUAUGUAUGUGUUCUGAUCUCCGCUUUGAGGAGGGAGACAGAGAAGAAAAAGCGGAUGGAUUGAUGUUACUGGUGGUCUCGAAUUCGCUUGGUGCAGGUCGGGAACUGAUUCGCUGAUCUGAUGUGUUUCUCCGGCGAUUUGCCGGCGGUGAGACAGCGACCGGCUGCUUGUCAGAUCCCGCCUUGCAUCAAUUGAAUCGGAGGCCGCCGUGAGGCGACGGUGUUUUUUUCAGAUCUGCGGCGGCGGCGCGUUGUUCUUCUGUUUGAAUUUUCCAGAUCUACAGGUUUGCAAUGGGAUCUGAAGGAAGAUGCUGCAGUGGGAUCUGAAGGAAGAUGCUCCGACUUUGGAAGUUCGUUACGGUAAUCGAAUCAGCCAUGCUUGUUUACGCGUCGUCAUGCUUCUCUGCCGUUUUUUCUGAGUGUUUAUUUUACCGGGUACCGACGAGGAUAAUCUGAUCUGACUGUUCUAAUCUUUUCCAUCAAUUCUCAUCUGUUUGGUAACCCUUCCAUUGGAGACAGAGGUUGGCAUGCUUAUGCUAAAGCAUGUGGUACUUAAGCACUGACCCUUCAUUGCUGUUGCUUUCCAUGCCUUUGUUUUUUUUGGGGGUCCGAAGCUUCUCCUUGAUUCGGAGGCUUUCAGAGCGGACGUUGUACCAACUGGCUAGAUUAUCAACCCAUGCCAAACCGUUCCAGAGAGUCAAUUCUUGUACGUGGGCCGGGAGAAAUUGGGCCUUUAUUGGGCCUACACUCGAAGCUAAAACGUUGCCGUUUCUACCCCCAAUGCUAAAAUCCCCGAGGGCCGGGACGAAACCCUACCCAGCUUAAUUCGAAGUUGGGCCUUUACUGGGCCUACACUCAAGGCCGAAACGUUGUCGUUUCUACCCUAAUGCUCUAUUUGGAACUAAAAAAAACCCCGAGGGCCGGAGACGUCCGUCUGAGAAGAAACCGUCAGUUGUUUCCUCGGUAUGGCUCAGCCGCGAUUUGUCCGGCCGAAGCCUUCGCCGUCGUCCUCCGGCGCCGUAGAAACUAUAUCCUCUGCGAAUCUAUUCGUCGCGAACUGCGGUCCAGCGGUGGGCUUAUCGCACGACGCGAUCGCUGCGGCGUUCGCCGCGUUCGGGGAUGUAAUAGGCGUGUGCGCUGCCGACGAGAGCGGUGUUCGCGUCAUCGUCUCUUUCGCGGAGACUUGUUCGGCGAAGGCUGCUCUCGAAGCCAUGGAUGGCCUUCCAUGUCCGGACCUCGGCGGUCGAUCUCUGCAUAUCCGAUAUUCAGUUCGUCAACUAGCUCCCGAGACCCAGGUGAAUGAUUGUGUUCCGGUGUCUUUGGUUGAUUCAGAACUGCAUAUCCCUGGGCUUUUCUUAGUACACGAUUUCGUCAGUGCUGAAGAAGAGCAGCAAUUGCUUGCGGCUGUUGAUGCUCGGCCUUGGAUUGGUCUAGCGAAAAGACGUGUUCAGCACUAUGGAUACGAGUUCUGCUACGGGACAAGAAACGUUGAUACCAAGAAGCGUCUUGGAGAGCUUCCAUCAUUUGUUUCUCCGAUUCUUGAAAGAAUAUCUUUGUUCCCAAAUCUCGAUGACCCUGCAAGCUUGAAUUUGGAUCAGCUAACGGUAAACGAGUACCCAUCUGGCGUGGGUUUGUCUCCUCACAUCGAUACACAUUCAGCAUUUGAAGGCUCCAUUUUCAGCCUUUCAUUAGCCGGCCCUUGUAUUAUGGAAUUCAGAAGAUACUCGGAGGGCACUUGGAAAGCAGCCUCGGAAACCGUGACAGCGGCUGACAAGUCAGGCAACAUCACAAGGAAAGCCAUAUACCUUCCCCCUCGGUCUAUGCUCUUAUUAUCCGGGGAAGCCCGGUAUGCUUGGCAUCAUUACAUUCCACAUCACAAGAUCGACAAAGUGAAGGACGAGGUGAUCAGAAGAUGUUCAAGAAGGGUAUCAUUCACAAUUCGCAAGGUGAGAACCGAUCCUUGCCGGUGUGAAUAUCCUCAAUAUUGUGAUUCUCAGCAACUUCAGAUCACACAGAAGACUUCAGCAUGAAUUUUAGCCCUCAAGGUUGAUUUUUUCUCCUUCUUCUUCUCUGGGUUCUUGCUAUCAUCAGUUGUUUCAAUAGCUGAAAUGGCCAUUGCCAAUGGCCAUAUUUUUUUCGAAAUUUUGGGAUGGGUUUGGACAGAUUCGGGUCGGGUCCGAGUUUUUCGGGUAAUUCGAAAAUACGAAUUAAAGCAUUUAAUUUUAUCUCCUUCAAAUUGCACCAUUA